AUGGAUCUUGAUUUUGCAUUUGAUUAUGACGAAAAUUUAAUGGAAAAUAGUUUUUUUGUGACAUUACGAAAAGAAUAUGAAGAAUUGUUUUUAAAAGUUGUUGCUGAAAAUUGUAUAAUUUGUGUGCCAAAGACUGAUUCUUUUCCCAAGUGUACAUUAGCUUUUGAAGAUUUUCUAUCACAUAUUUUAGUUCCGACCGAUGAAUUACCAGAAAGUCAUUUUUUAAGUUUAUGCGGAGUGAAAGUGAAAAUAAGUAAUCGAAUUUUAACGAUAGAUAGUGAAACAGGACGUCAAAGUUGUAUCCAAAUACUUUUUCAAGAAACUUUUUACACAGAAGAAGGAUUGAAAUAUGAAGUUUUAUGCGUUGGGCAACCCUUGGAUGAAAGCAUAGCUUCAGACGUUGAAUAUUUUAAUGGAAAAGUUUUGAAAAAUUUCAAAGAUUGUUUAGAUUUUUUAUGGACAGAAACUAAAACUCACGAGACAAUAGAAAAUAUUGAUAAAGAAGUUGAUGAAUUCUUAAAGAAGUUUGAUAAAUCUCAAAUGAUAACAUUGCAGUUCAUUGAAGAAUCUUUUAAUUCUUUAUACAAAAAGUGUAUUCAAGUUUUAUUUAAAAAUCCAAACAUUAGAAAAAAAUACAAAAAUUAUAGUUCUAAAACAUUAAAAAUAGCAUUAGAAACAUAUCUGCAACAAGGUACUUAUAAAAAAAUUAUUCGGUCCAUUGCAUUAUGUACAUCAACGGAUGAUGCUAAAUUAAAUAAGCAUAUAAGAAAUCUUUCAGAUCUGCCUUUUAAAGAUUUUAAAUUAGAUCCAAUUUUCUUCAAUAAUAUACCAAAAGCUAGGUUAGAGUUAUCAAAAAUAAAUGGUUAUUUUACAGUUAUUGAUAAACUAAGAUGCCUGAAGCAAACUGCUGUUGCUUUAUCAAAAUUUAAAAAUGACAAAGCAUUAUUAAAUGCCGAUAAUUUGCUUCAGAUUUUAACAUUUUUAAUUAUCAAAAGUAAUUUACCCAAUUGGAAUGCUCAAUUAAAAUUUUUAAAACUUUUUUACUCAUCCAACAAUAUAUUCGAUGAAAGCAAUUAUUUAAUUGUCUCAUUGGAAGCUGCCAUUACUUACAUUCAAAGUGGAAAUUUUCAAGAAUCCGAAAGCAAGUAUAAAUUAAAAAAUAAUUUAGAAAAAAAUUCAAUUCAAUAUGGUAAAUCAACAUUGUCUCAAGAGCAAGCCUUAAAUGAAUUUUUUCAUUUUGUUACUGUCGGGGAUUUGGAGAAUGUCAAAGAUAUCAUUGAAAAUGGUCACAAAAAAGUUGAAAAUUCUCUUAAUUUAAAAUUAUGUCAUCCUCUGUGCUUUUGUGACAAAUGCCGUGUACUAUUUAAUCAUUUUUCUGAAGUGCUACCUUCUGUAACGUCUGCAGAUGAAAAAAAUUUGACAGCCCUACAUAUUGCAUCUAUGAACAAUGUGCCAAACGUAGUGGAAUAUUUAAUUAAUAAAGGAGGAGAUUGUAAUGCUUUUGAUUGCGAAGGUAGAACGCCUGCUCACUAUGCAGCUCUUAAAGGUCAUCAAAAUGCUCUUCUUUUACUCCUUCAUAAUAAUGCUCAUAUAAAUGCGGAAGACAAUUCUUUCAAUACUCCUCUUCAUUUGUGCAGUAAUAAUGGUCACGAUAACUGCGUUAAAGCUUUAAUAUAUUUUUCUGAGUAUUCUGGUGUAAAAUUAAAAGUAAAUUCUCAAAACAGUAAAGGAGAUACGCCGCUUCAUUACGCCUCGAAAUGGGGGUUCGAAAGUAUCGUCAGGCAUUUGCUUGAAUUCGGAGCUAAUCCUAAUAUUUUAAACAGAAACAAAAAUUCACCCCUGGAUUAUUCUUACAAUGAUAAAAUUUUACAAUUGUUAAAGCAAAAAAGUCAAAAUUUUGAAAAUACAUUAAAAGUGAAUAAUCGCCAACUUUCCAGUUUAAAGUUUAAAGAACAAUCUUACAGGGAUACUCAACCAAAUGCCAUUGACACGAUGAAAAAAAUUGAAAAAAUUUUUCGAGCCAUUGAAAUAGGUGACGUGAAUUUGGUUUGUUUUUACUUUGGCUUUGACGCAUCUGAUUUCGUACCUUCCGCCAGCGACAACAUUACGUUGUUGAAAAACAAAGAACGUGAAAACUAUACGCGUUGUCAUCCUCUUUGUGCUUGUAAAAAAUGCACGGCUCUUAUCGAAGAAACAAGUCGAGAAGACAAAACAAUUUCGUUUAGUCACAAAAAAACAAUAAAUUUAAACACGUGCAAUUCAGAUGGUUACACGGCUUUGCACGUCGCUUCGAAAGCGGGAAAAAUUGAUUUGGUGAAAGGUUUUAUUAAAAACGGAGCCGGGCUAAACGUUCAAACGUCAUCCAAAAAAUGGACUCCAUUAAUGUUGGCAGUUCAAAAUCAAAGAUUGGACGUGGUAAAAGAACUUUUAAACACGGGUUGCAAAAUAGACGUGCAAGAUUAUAAAUUAAACACGGCUUUGCAUUAUGCCUGCAGGACGGGCAAUUCGAAACUCGUGAAAAUUUUAUUAAAAUACGAACCGGAUACAAAUUUAAAAAACAUUGACAACAAAACUCCGUUGCAAGAAGCCAAAGAUCAAUUGUAUCUCGGGAUAAUACAGAUUUUCAAAGGCAGGCCCUUAAUUAAAUCGGGAGAUUAA